AUGGACCCCGUCGAUUUGUUGCCGCUGGUCGACCAGCUGGAUGAUAAUGUUGAUGAUUUGGAAGAGGCGCUUGCGCCGCUCCUGAACACCGCCGUCACCGAGACCUCGAAGAAACUGCCUGUUAUGGAUAAGGCGAAAUACCAUGUCUUGGUCACGUACGCUUUGGAAUCACUUCUUUUCUCUUACUUGCGCCUUCACGGCGUCAACGCCAAAGACCACCCGGUCUUCCGCGAACUGACCCGCGUCAAACAAUACUUCGCCAAGAUCAAGGCGCUCGAGACAGAGCCAGAGCAGCGCACCAUGACCCUGGACAAGGAGGCUGCGGGUCGAUUCAUCAAGCACGGUCUUGCCGGGAACGAUAAAUACGACAUGGAGCGCAAGGAAAGAGAGGCCAAGGAAAAGGCGCGCGCGCAAUUCAAGGCAUCGCUACUGGCUAAGAAGGAGGCUGGCGCGGGCGAGAAAGCAUCUAAGGACCCUACGCAUGCCUCGGAUUCCGAGUCCGACUCCGGCGCAGACGACGAACCGAAAGCCGAAACUACUACCAAGCAGUCGACGAAAACCACCAAGUCCGCUGGACACGAGAAGAAGAAGAAGAGCAAGAAGGGGAAGGGUGACGGCGAGAAGAAAUCUAAAAAGAAGGACAAGCGCAGCAAAGAAGGACGAACCGAAGAGAAGAAAGAGCGGAGACAGAAGAAGAAGGAAACUCGGAAGGCAAGGCAGACUAGCGAGGGUAAAUCUCGCGAGCUUGGUCGACUGGAUCCGAUCGUCAGACUUGACCGGGAUGCGAUGGCCAAGACGGCAAUUGCAUACGUUCGCUCUCAACAGAUUGCUGUUCUUCAGUUCAUGUUGGACUUCUGCGUUGCAGCGCCGGCUGGAGUGCGCAUGAAGAUUUGGAUACCUAACAGCAGUCGCAUCACUAACGCAGGAACACCGGGAGGAGUUUGA